AUGUCCACUCGCACCAAUAUCCAUUCCAAUAAUUCCGCCUCUCCUGUCUAUUACACCCUCCUCGGAGGUGACAACCCGGGAGUGUAUUCCUCUCCAAUCUUUAUCAAGCCUGGAAAAUAUCACGACCUCGAUGAGGUUGCAUGGCCAAUCUGUAUUCAUUGCGGCACUAAUGAGAGAAAGGCAAUCCAGAUGCUUGGGCUCCAUUCGAUCCUCGAUGUAUUAGGUUUCAACACCCCAAUAGAUAGGAUGGCUAGGGAUAUCUGGAAUCAUCAGGCUAUCUCAGAGUAUAUUUCUGAGAACCCAGAAUUAUCUGGGCCUUAUUUUGCCGUUGUAUGGGCGGGGAAAAACAAAAGUGCGAUGAUCUAUAGCAAUGAGAGUGAUUACGACGCUGUUCUUGCCGGACUCGUAGGCCCAAGGCUUGUCAAACAUACCGUCAAUUUACAGCAGGCCUUGGUCUAUAUGCUCUUACGCUCGCAAGUGGAAGGGUUUCAAUUCACCCCCAUUCACACCAUUCCUAGCACACCGACCCAAAGGCUCAGUAACUCUCUAUCGAGGGAAGGGAUUUCUACCGGUAGCCUUGGUCGAGCCGGUAGCUCAAGUGGAAGCUUUAACGGGCAAACACAAAGCACGUCACCUACACGAACAUCUUCGUCUACCCAAGCCAUCACUUACGGUGAUGAAGACAUGCCUCCUCCUGUAUAUACGCCAUUACCGUGGCUGCCCCAUUCUAACGUCGACUCAACACGUUUGGUGGCACCAGCGAGAUCAGCUCUUUUAUCUCUCAAUCGAUCCCGAAGCGGCGUUGACAGCAUUUCUAGCACAUUUUCAAGCAUUGGUCAAGCCCCCCCAGACACUCCUUUAAGCCCGCAGUCUUCUCCAUCCCCUGUGGCUCGAGGUGAGGCACAGACCAACAGACCCAUAUAUGCGCAUAUCAGAAGCAUCGACGGGAUAGUUGGAACCCUUUAUGAAAAUAUACAGUCGGACUCGGAUGCUAGUCCAUCGUACCGCACUCAUGCCGUGAGUGCAGCUGCGACAGAAUUUUUCGAUGCCUUUGGCUACAACACGCUUGCUUGA